AUGACUGCUGCCGACAAAGUCGUGUUGGACAAAUUCAAGGCACCCCCAACUCCGGCCCCAAGACGCGAAAGGACGACUGAGACGUUUGCAGAGGACGCGGUGACGGAUGGAGACAUCGACAUGGCGUCUGCAUACGACCCAAUCUUGAAGCAACUGCCGCCUACGUCAAACGGCGUUGAGCGCUUCUUUUUGGCUGCCAAGGAAGUCUUCGGCACGCAGCUGAAGGCGAUGAGUCCGGCGAAUCUCGAAGUCACCUUGUUCCUCAAGGUAUACUCCCACUUCUGGGACAUCAACAAGGUCGCGGUCCUCAUUGCGGCGAACACACCUGGUGGCAUUGCCGACGGAACCCCAGAGCAAACCGAGGUUGGUGACGACGACGAUGACGACGUGCAAGGAGUCAUGGCCAGCGACGCAAGCGACAGCGACCAAGACAUGGGCGAAGGACUGAUUGCAGUGUUCGUGGAUGGCGAAAGCAGCGACGGAGACGAAGAGGACGACGACUGCGAAUCUAGCGGUUAA